AUGUCGGGAACCGAUCCAGCAAGCUGCAAAAAAGGUGUUUGCCCUUGCGAUGAGCAGGGUCAAUGUAAUUGUAAGAAGAAUGUAAAAGGCCUGAAAUGCGACACGUGCGAUGCUUAUAGCUUCAGCCUGGAGAAAUCAAAUCCAUUGGGCUGCACCGAUUGCUUUUGCUUCAACCGGACCAACUUCUGUGUCCAGAGCAGUCUUGUCUGGCAGCAAGUUUAUGCUCCCGAUCGACAGGUUCAAGGAUUCAACUUUCAUAUGACUUUAGGCUACAAGUACUGUGAAAUACAGUUGAGGCCUCUUCCACAUAGUCUUCUGGGUGAUCGAAUCGCAUCAUACAACGGAUUUAUUCGUUUCAAAAUCGAAAAUGAUGAUAAUUAUCGCGGUAUUCAAAAUGUUCCACCUGAUGCUCAGCAUUUCCGCUUUUUCCCGCAAGUUGUAUUGGUGGGAAAUCAUCGCAUUAUUCUCGAGCAUACUCCUGAAGUAAUCAACGAUUUGGGGCGUUACAAGGUACGAUUGCAUGAAAGCCAGUGGCGAUCUCGGCUGAGUCCUGAAAUUCCGGUCACACGCAAGCAGCUAAUGGUCGCAUUGCAAAAUGUCCAAGGAAUCUAUAUCAGGGCUACUUAUAAUUAUCCAUCAAGGGGCGAUACAGCUUCAAUGCGCGAAACCAGUAUUGACGUUGCAGUAUGGGAAAAUACGACGGAUUUGGUUAAUUCAACAGCAAUAGGCGUAGAAAUGUGUGAAUGUCCGCAGGGCUACGCGGGUAAUUCGUGCCAGGAUCCUGCAGAAGGUUACUGUCGUAAAAGGCAACCAGAUUUUCUGAAUAGUCCGGAUGACCUGGCUCUGGUUGGCGGGCCUCAACCGUGCGCAUGUAAUGGACAUUCGACAACAUGUGAAGCCGAAACCUGCCGGUGUACGAACUGCGAACACAAUACAUUCGGUGAUUAUUGUGAAUUGUGCAAACCUGGAUAUCAGGGCGACGCAUUGGUUGGUGGUGCAGAUGCAUGUACAAAAUGUGCAUGCCCCUUACCGGAUAAUAGCUUCAGCGAUACCUGUGUAGCAACAAAUCAUGGCCGUGGGUAUGAAUGCGAUGCUUGUAAGCCUGGAUACACAGGGCUGUAUUGCGAAAGUUGCUUAAGUGGUUAUUACGGGAAUCCAAAUGUGUUGGGUGGUUUCUGCGAGCAGUGUGCCUGCCAUCGCGAUGGCUCACUGGAUGAUACCUGCGAUCAGGUAGCCUCUGAAUCGUUUUAUCUAUUGUUGUUGCACCGAAUUUAG